AAAUAACAUCGCCAAUACUUUUGAUAGAACUUUCUGGGGAGCAUGCACCUUUGCACCCCGAAAUUUGAGGUCCUAAGUGUAAUUAUUUGCUUCCUGUUUUCAGAUGAUUUCGAGAUGGCUGUGCCGUCAAAUAGCCAUGUGGUCUCAGAACCCGGACAGAAUAUCACGCUCACCUGUCAGCUUCCAACCAGGUGGCCAGUACAACAAGUAACAUGGGAAAGGAUCCAGCCGCACCAGAUCGACCUCCUGACCAGCUGCAACCUGUCCCAAGGCAAGAGUUAUACUUCAAAGUAUCAAAGACGGGUAUUGAGCGACUGUCGUCCGGGGAUGAGAAGCGCCUUCAUCAUCAUGCCCCACGUCGGGGCCUCUGACUCAGGACUCUACCGCUGUGGUUUCAAGGCCAGAACGGGAGAAAAUGAAACCUUUGUGAUAAGGUUCACCGUAACCGAUGGUGAGUACGUGAUGGAUAACAUCAAGGGUUAAAAAUGGAG